GCCACUGGCCGAACGAGGCUGAAUCCAGCUCGUCACGAAUAUUCAUAACAAAUCCUUCACCAUAGUAGUAUUAAUAAAUUCUCCUUGUGGGCUUCUCUCGAUUACGAUGGCCACCAGUCCCAAAAGACCCUCACUGGGUGCCGUGGCCCCUCGUAAAAAAGCCAGUCCAAAGCCUGAACUGACGGAGGAGCAAAAACAGGAGAUUCGAGAGGCUUUCGAGUUGUUUGACACUGACGGCUCUGGUUACAUUGAGGUGAAGGAGUUAAAGGUGGCCAUGCGUGCUCUGGGAUUUGAGCCUAAAAAAGAGGAAAUCAAGAAAAUGAUCGCAGAGGUGGACAAAGAUGCUACUGGAAAAAUCUCUUUCAUUGAUUUUCUCUCAGUGAUGACUCAAAAAAUGGCAGAAAAGGACUCCAAGGAAGAAAUUCUAAAGGCAUUCCGGCUGUUUGAUGACGACGAGACAGGGAAAAUAUCCUUCAGGAAUCUAAAGAGAGUUGCCAAAGAACUCGGGGAAAACCUGACAGAUGAGGAGCUACAGGAAAUGAUUGAGGAAGCAGACAGAGAUGGUGAUGGAGAAGUUAACCAGCAAGAAUUUCUGCGCAUUAUGAAGAAAACAAGUUUGUACUGAAAGUCACUGUAAGCACAGAAGUCUGAUCAACAGAAUUUUAAUUCUAAAGAUUUUUAGAAUUUUAGCUUUAUGCACCAUUGAUGUACCAUUCCAAAACCUAGAUGCCUAAUCCCAGAGGUCAUUUAAGAUCUCGGUGUGUUUGCCAAACAUCAAAGACGUCAGCCGUUUACAGACUAUAUUCUCAGAUCUUAAAGGAAUAGAUCACCCAAAAAUGACAAUUCUGUCAUCAUUUACUCAUAAUCAAGUUGUUCCAAAACUGUGUCAAUUUUUUGUUCUCCAGAACACAAAAGAAGAUAAUUUAAAGAACGUGGGAUACUAAACAGUUCUGGGGCACCAUUGACUACAAUGGUGUUUUUUUCCCCUACUAUGGAAGUCAAUAGUGCCCCAGAACCGUUUGGUAUCAAACAUUUUUCUUAAUAUCAUUCUUUGUGUUCAGCAGAACAACUAAUUUAAACAGGAUUAGAACAACUUGAGGGUGAGUAAAUAACAACAGAAUUUUCAUUUUUGGGUGAACUAUUCCUUUAAAGAUAUAAACAAACUGUAGCACACAACAGCAGUUGUAGUGAUUGAAUCGUAUAAUGUAGAAUACACUCAGAUAUUCUUUACCUUUGUGUUUAUGCCUUAGGGAUGGUUGAUAUAAAAAUAUUUUAGAAAUAAUCACCGAUUACACUAUCCUGAACCUGUUUAUGAUUGUUAAAACAAGUUGACAAUUUCUUCUGUUACCUUUAGCAUCAAUAUGUUGUAUGCAGCAUGCCGUAUGAUACUGUAUGCUUUCAGGGAUUUAAACUAUACUGUAUCCCUUCUCUGUGCCUCAGUCUGAUAAGAGGAAAGUUCUGCUAUUUUAGUGAAUUUCGUGUGAUUCUGUGAUUAUAUUUUUGUAAUUUCUGUUUUUGCACCCUCAAAUUAGUUUCAGAUGUCUUGUAUACGAGUAUAAUUGAGAUGCUAUUUAAAAUUAUUAAUGAAACUAAAUUAAAUAGUGUUUGUUACUGA